AUUUUUAGGAAUGAGUGAUUCGGACGACAAUGCCUACAGCGAUUAUUUGGGAAAUCGAAGAGCUGCUCUCCAAAAGAAGCGACAACCGGUACGAGUUUGUGAGAGCGACGACUCAGACGACGAUUUCGAUACCAGCGGUCCAUCGCCAAUGAGAAAAAAGACGCGGGAAACCCAACUCUUUCCGGACGACUCGGAUGAUGAUGAAUGCGUUGAAGUAGAGAAAGAAACAUACUCCCAAAAAGUCAGACACGAAAUUGAUGAUGUAGAAGAAGCUUAUCGUCGAUCUAUUUACAAGCGAGAGACCGUUAUUCACGCACCAGUCGAGAAAAACAAUGUUAUUAGUGGACUGUUGAAAAUCUGUGAAGGUUGGGACGAAGCUGCAAAAUCAGGAGCACAACCGGAGGUUGAAGAUGUGAAAGACGACUCAGACGCGGAUGAAUCAAGCAUUGCUGCUGAAAACUUUCCCGUCACAGUGGUUAUUCUGGAUUGUGAAAGUCACGGAAAUGAUAUGAAAUCUCGUCAUGACAUCUUUCUCGAAUCGACGUUCUCUGAAAUUAGAAGAAUUUAUGCGACGAAAUGGGGAUGCCCUGUAUCUUGUGUAGUUUUCAGUCACAAUGGCAAGACAAUUGACACAUACACGACACCACAAAGCUUGGGUUGGCGUCCGAUGACACUACCACAUCCACUCAUUGAAGCAAGCAAGGAAGCAGGAGAACCUGCGGAAGUGUUCACAAUUGAGAAUUCGCCUGACUCUUUCACAAUCAAGGUGUUGCUUGCAAGUCGAAGAAAGCCGGUGCAAGUUGAAGCAGCUAAGGAUACAACAAUUCAAGAGAUUCUUCAGAAAGUGAUUGAUGCAUUCGUUGAAGAUAAAGAGGAGAAUAUUCCAUCAAUUGAAUCUAUGAAGGUCGUAUUCGAUAAUGAACGUAUCAAAGAUGUGAAUAUCACUUGUGAACAGCUUGACUUAGAAGAUGACGACUGCAUCGAAGUUUAUUUCUGAAUUCUAGAAACUGUUUUUCUGUAAAUUUGACUACCUUAACAUCUAUUGAAUCUCAUCGGUGUUUUUUUUGUUAUGAGUUAGAUCUCUUUUGUUUUUGAUUUUAAAUCGCUUUAUUCACUUAUGAAAAACCCAUGAAUGUGUUUCUUUGUCAAGUUUAACUGUCUAAUGAAUGUCAGAAUCUCCUGUG